UUUGUUCUUUGGGGUAUUUUCUUCCAUCUACCGUGUGAAGUGUGAAAACUGAGAAAAUGUAUACGGUUGAUAAAUAAAUAGGUAACACAAUUAUACUUUAUGUUGAAAAGAAGAAAGAGAAGGUUGGGAAUAUCAUGCAUGGGUUACGAAUCUCAUUGAUUGAAUAUUGAAUUUUGAAGCAUCCCUUCUGCAGUUCAUGUUUUGUGGCAGAAAAUAAAAUGAGAGAAAAAUUCGAUAGGUUCAGUUUCAGGUAAGCAACUUUUUUUUUUUUUUCUGCGUAGCGUAUAGCUCGAGGAAAAUCAACGAUGCUUGGUGGAUCCACUGCUGCAACGAGGAGGGGAAUAUCAAGUUUUCCUCCUUUCUCUCAGAGAUUAAAGCAAACAGAAAAUGAGAUUGUUCAAAUGUUUCGGUUGCCUAAUCCCUAUGAAGGAAACCACCGUAACGGUCCCGUGACAGGAGGAUAUGUGUUGAGGAAGGAACCUUAUUCUCGGACAUUGGAUGAGAGAUUCAUUAGGAUUUUGAAAAUAUUUAAAUGGGGACCUGAUGCAGAAAAGGCCUUGGAAGUGCUGAAACUGAAGGUUGAUGCUCGCUUGGUUCGCGAGAUUCUAAAGGUAGAUGUUGAGGUUAGUGUUAAGACUCAGUUUUUUAAGUGGGCUGGGAGGAGGAGGGGUUUUGAACAUGAUUCAACCACUUACAUGGCGUUGAUUCGCUGCUUGGAUGAACAUAGGAUGUUCGGUGAACUGUGGAAGACCAUACAAGAAAUGGUUAAGGGUUCAUGUGCAAUGGGUCCUGCUGAAUUGUCUGAAAUCGUGAAGAUCUUGGGCAGGACCAAGAUGGUUAACAGGGCGUUAUCUGUCUUUUACCAGGUCAAGGGUCGCAAGUGCAAACCCACAGCGAGCACUUACAACUCUGUCAUCUUGAUGCUGAUGCAAGAGGGGCAUCAUGAAAAGGUCCACGAGUUGUAUAAUGAAAUGUGUAACGAAGGCCAUUGUUUCCCUGAUUCUGUUACAUACAGUGCACUUAUAUCAGCAUUUGCUAAACUAAAUCGUGAUGACUCUGCCAUUAGAUUAUUUGAUGAGAUGAAGGAGAAUGGACUGCAACCCACUGCAAAAAUUUAUACAACUUUAAUGGGAAUAUACUUUAAGUUGGGUAGGGUUGAAGAAGCAUUGGGCCUGGUCAAGGAGAUGAGAGUGAGGCGGUGUCUCCCAACUGUCUUUACUUACACAGAAUUGAUAAGGGGGCUGGGGAAGUCUGGGAGGGUUGAAGAAGCCUACAUGACAUACAAGAAAAUGCUGAAAGAUGGUUGUAAACCUGAUGUCAUUCUGAUGAAUAAUUUGAUUAAUAUUUUGGGAAGAUCUGAUCGCUUAAGAGAUGCCAUUAAGCUUUUUGAUGAAAUGAAGUUACUGAAUUGUGCUCCUAAUGUUGUCACAUAUAAUACCAUCAUCAAAUCUUUAUUCGAGGCCAAGGCACCACCUUCUGAAGCUUCUUCAUGGUUUGAGAGAAUGAAGAAAGAUGGAAUAGUUCCCAGCUCAUUUACUUAUUCAAUUCUCAUUGAUGGUUUCUGCAAAACAAAUAGAGUUGAGAAGGCUUUGUUGCUUCUCGAGGAAAUGGAUGAAAAAGGCUUUCCACCUUGUCCUGCUGCCUACUGCAGCCUGAUCAACACCCUAGGAGUAGCAAAGCGCUAUGAUGUUGCAAAUGAACUAUUCCAGGAAUUGAAGGAGAACUGUGGAUGUUCAAGUGCUCGUGUGUAUGCUGUAAUGAUUAAGCAUUUUGGAAAAUGUGGGAGACUCAAUGAAGCUAUCAAUCUUUUUAAUGAGAUGAAAAAACUUGGAUGCACCCCUGAUGUUUAUGCUUAUAAUGCUCUCAUGACUGGAAUGGUAAGGGCUGAAAGGGUGGAUGAAGCUUUCUCCUUGUUUAGAACUAUGGAAGAAAAUGGUUGCACCCCAGAUAUAAAUUCUCAUAAUAUUGUCCUGAAUGGCUUGGCUAGAACAGGUGGCCCAAAGCGUGCUCUGGAAAUGUUUACGAAAAUGAAGAACUCGACUAUUAAGCCAGAUGGAGUUUCUUACAACACCGUUCUUGGUUGUCUUAGCAGAGCAGGUCUGUUUGAAGAAGCUGCAAAACUUAUGCAAGAAAUGAGUUCAAAAGGGUUUCAGUACGACCUCAUCACCUACUCUUCAAUACUUGAGGCAGUGGGUAAGGUUGAUGAUUGUAAAAUGGUAGAGUCAUGAGAGCCAUCUGGUAUCACCUUUUUGAGUGCUCUGUUAACAAUUAUUAACAAUGCCCUUGAAUUGCAUUAAUGAUUUUGAAUUAAGGAACUAAUUUUUUUUGUAAGUUAAGGGGUUAGGAACAUUCAUUGAAGAAAACCAAUAUUGUAGAAAAAUCCCUCAUGUAUUAGUUUAGAAACCUUGGAAUGUGUAGUGGAUUUUAAUCUGAAUAAGGAUUUUUUUUAUUACAUUUUUUAUGUCA